UAAGUAUGGGUGAGUUUGCGUCCAUGGUCAAAUAUAUGUAGGGAGAGCAGGAGAAAAAGCGUGUGCGAUUUGUGUGUAUGUGUGAGCGCGCUCUUGCUUAGCAUUCUCUUCAUGCACGCAUACAUGAGUCUGUUAAACUAAAUCACGCAAAUAACAUCAGAUCGGUGUUAGAGUCUCUCAACAGUUUGAAAAUAUGGCGUACCGAAACGCAAACUAGAUUUUUUGGAGCUAAAUAGUUUGCUGUUGUUUGUUUUUUUUUUCUACCUCUUUCAUCUUCCUUUUAAAGGAUCUUUGUAGCGCGCGUUCAUUUCUCAUUGGUGGCGUACAAACAAUUUUUGCAAUUGAUUUUGAAAAGAAAAAAACAUAAAAUACAAUUAUCUAAAUCAGAUGUUUCAGAGUCCCAAUUGAUUUGGUAAAAUUGGGAGAGAAAAAAUGGAUAAUGCUGAAGUAUCAACAAAUCCAAAUGCCAUUGGUAGUUUUCAUGGUAUGGACAUGGCGCAUAAAAAGGCUUUAUUUGGUGACCGCAGCGAUUCUGUGGGCGACAGUGGUUUCGCGGAAAAUUGGUCUAUUUCAAAUAGCAAUGUUGUAGCAAGCACAUCGGUACUGAGCGGCUCAGCCAAAUUGUCGUCAUCGUUAUUCAGAAGAUCCACCGAAUUGGAACCAAUCUCUGAGAAUAUUGAACUGGGUGGUUUACAAGAAACCCCGACGACACGAAGCAUGCGAUAUCUUGAUGCAUUCCAUAUAAAUACGCCGCAAAAUGCACGCAAUCACAUGGAAACGACACCGAAGAAAGCCAACUACUUUUCGAAUGUGCAUGACAGCGGUUCGCGUGGCAGUGACCAACAGAAUAAGAGUCAAAACAGCAUUCGAUGGUCAUUAAACAAAUCAUCGCCGCGGCUUCGAUCACAACGCAAAUCGAUUUCGGCACGAUCAACAUUGUUCGAGUCAAUCGACGAGAACUAUGACGAGAACACAUUCAACGAAGAUGUGGAGAAUCCAUGCGAUCAAAGCAUUGGCGUUAGCCCAAUCAAAGCACAUAACAACAGCAACAUUUUGAUGGCUAAGCAACCCGAAAAGGUGGUGGGUUUGCAACGACAUCCGUCUGGCAUUGAUUCAAGUACACCAAAGAAUAGUUUCAAGCGAAUUCGCACACAGUCAAUUGUCAAGACAAAGGCAUGCAUGGCCGAUGAAUUGAUUCGAAGCCGUUUAAUCCGUAAAACUCAAAGUUUUAGCCCAGCAAAACGUUUGGCGUUGCGUGAACGAUUCCAGCAAAAUGUUAUCGAGCGCGGUGAGAACCAAUGUGUUGAGGCUGACAAACAACCCGAUAAUAAUCCAGCACGUAAAGUGUUGGAUUUUACACCACAAAAAUUUGAUCAACUUGUCAAUAAUUUUCAUCACGAUAUACCCGCCACUUUGACGGAUUCAAAUAAAUGGCACCAAGAUGAGAUUGAAGCCAGCAGCAAAGCAGCAACAACAAAGUGUUUGCCGCUCAAACGUCUGGAUACACACCGAAGUAAUUCACGUUUGGUGAAGGAAUUCUCACGGAAGAAAACCAUGCGACAUAUCCAGCCAACAGUGAUGCCAAACAAAGCAAUGAAUAGCUUAAAUGAAAGUGAUAUUUUCAUGUCACUGGCUACGGCAGAAGAGGAAAAUGAGACUGAUUCUCGCAAAUGUGAAGAAGACAGCAAUGGUGUUGUUGAUUCGGUUGUGAUGCCAACCAUGACAACACCAAGUACAAAUUGUAAAUCUCAAGCAAUGUUUAGUAGUGAUACACCGAAUCGUAGUGAUUUUGUGAAGAAAAAUAUCUGUGAGCAGGCAAAUCGUACGCCAACAAAACGCUUUGAAAAAAGCACCAGUUACAGUUUUGCAUCGGCGAUCAAAUCCAGUCCGGAGAAGGAAAAAUUCGAAAUUGUUUAUGGCCAUUUGCCAUGUACACCGCCAAAGAAAUAUCCACGCAGACAGCUGAAGCGUCCGGCCGCCAUUGCACGGUCAGAUUCGCCUGCCGCGAAUGCACCGUCGGCCAAACGUAAAUUGUACGCGAUUUGCCCACGGCCAUCGUUUUACAAUGGCUUAGAAAAGCUGGACAUUUUGUCGCAUCUUAAAAAAUUCGAAAUGGUCGAUAUUGUGGAGAACAUUUUGGAAUUGUUGCCCGAUGAAAGUCUGCAAGCAGCGUAUUCCGUGUGCAAAUCCUGGAAAUCAUUUGUCGAUGGCAAUCACAAAUUCCGCAUCCGACGCCGUAAAUUCGUUCGAACCAUGCAAACGAUCAAAGAAAAUGUGCAUCGCAACGAAAUCAAACCCAUUGUCAAUAACAACAAUAAUGUGAAACCGUUGCAUGUACACAAUCUGAACAGUACCAUUGAGGGAAAACCGAUGGCAGUCAGUCCAUCCACACAGCGUUUCAAUGAACAUCAAAGCAUUGUCAAGAGCUUGAAGCCAGAACAACGAGUUCUUCACUGUCCACGAUGUAACGGAACUAGCAUCGUUCAUCCAGCUACUACAACUGAAGUCAAAAUACAACGCCGAAGCCCACGCAGACAACUUCAUAGCAUAUUUAUCUACCAAGAUCGAUUCUUGCGAUCUUCGACUGGCAGCGCCACAAAGAAUCGAGCAAACAAUAUGAUUGGCAAGGUAGUUUUUAGUGAAUAUGCAGUUUGCUCAAAGAGAACGUGCGGCUUUGAAUUUUGUACCAAUUGCAAUGGUAAUCGGCAUGUAAAUGCUAAAUGUACAAAGCGUCCACUUGGCUCGUCGCCCAAAAGCGAUGAGGACUCACCAUAUCAACAGGAACGUCGCACCACAGCUAAACGUCCAUUACGUCGACUUGGGCGCUUGGUAUUUUGAGUGGCUUAAUCUGUUACCUGUUCUCUCACUUUUACCACCCGGUUCCAUUUGACAACGGACAUGACAACGACUCUAUCCAACCCACAAAGAACAACUCAUAACACAAAACAUCUCGUAAUUUUUAAUAUUUUUUUUUGACGAAAAACAUGAAUUUUCAUUUGAUUAACAGCAUUCAAUUGAAACAAAUGAAAAAAAAAACUCAAACUACAACAAAAUCUAAGAUGAAAAAAACAAAUGAACAGACAAAAAAUACUCUCCAUAUUUAAAGCAUCAAGCCAACGCACACAAAUGGUUCAGAACAAUGGCUAACACUUAAAUUAAAACAAUGAUCAGUGAUAUGUAAUUUGUAAGUCGAUCAAAUGUUUGCUUCAGCUCAAAUCAAGUCUAUUCUCCCCACACACUUUUGAUCAAACAACCACAAAAUAAGUUUAAACACAAAGAAAACAUAUUGUAUCGUCUUGACAAACAGUUCAGGGAUAUUAUACCAGGAGCACAUUUCAUCAUAUUUAUUGCAUAAGUUUAAAUUUAAAAAAAUUCUUUUGUGUAUUGCGUGUGACAGUUUUAGUUAUUUAAGACAUUUUUUCCCCUCUUUCUUUUGUUGUAUAGUUUAAAUUUUCUUCUUUUUUUUACAAACACAUCAUAUUCGAUUCACUUGUCAAACUGGAUCAAUUUGAAAUGUGCAACAUAAUUUCCAUUCCAUAAAUAGACCAAUAUCGCUUUGUACCAAUGACAACAAAUUAUGACUCACUUUGAUAGUGGUAUGCUUUUCCUAAAUUAUUCCCAUUGACAUAGUUUUUAAAAAGAAUCUUUCUUCGAUUGUGGUUUUUGUGUAUGCAGAGGUCCUUCGAAUUGAAAAAAAAAACACAUGAUCAAAUUGUCAAGUUCAACAAAAAAAAAUUAUUAUUUUAGUUCAUUUGUUCCCCUUCACAGUGAUUUAGACUCAUAGUACUUUAGUUUAGAAUUUAAAAUUGUUAAGUGCAUUUGUGAAACGUUUAAAAAAAUUAAAAAAAUAAAAUGUCUUGUUCUACUAUUCCCCCGCAAACAAA